UGUCUCUUUGCAAGAGUGAUAAAAUUCACAACAAUAUCCGACCAACUAUUUCUAGUUGAUAUCCUUACAACAUAUCAACCCACAGAAUGGAUACUUCCAAACAAGAUCUAGAAGAAGCUCAAGAGAUGGUGAUAUCAAACACAUCAAAUGAUUUAGAAGCAACAAGGCAACAACAACAACAACAACAACCACCACCUAACAAUAAGUAUGAACUUACCGUCGACGAGGUAAUGGAGCAACACAUAGGACCACUUGGCAAUCCAACAAAUCUGAUUAAGGGGUUAGCCAAUGUUGAGGUCUUAGAGUUAUCAUCUGUUAAAACUUCAGAGAUGUUCUAUUAUUUCCGAGAAGCAAUCCCAGUGUUCGGCAACCUGUUUCGUUUAUCUAUUACAACUGAUUUAGAAUUCUACAAUUGGAAGUAUUUUCCAAUACUUAUAAUGAUUUCUCCAAAUCUACAUACACUCGUCAUCAAGGGUCCAUUGCACGCUGAUGAAUGUGAAGGAGAAUAUGGAUUGUCAUGUCCUGUGAAAGUAUUGAAGAUAACUGAGUAUGGAGGAAAAAGUGGAGAGCUAAAGCGAAUGAAACACUUACUAGAGAAGCUGGCAUGUCUUGAGCUUGUCAAAGUUCGUGCUUGUGCAAUUAACGACAAAGAAAAGUCUCGAAUCACCAAAGAUCUGCUAAUGGUUCCUAGAUCGUUCAACUGCAACAUCCAGGUCAAGUUUUCUGAGAAAACUAAUUAUUACAAGCAUUAUAAGCAGAAGGGCGGUUAUUGUUACCCUGCAAUGAUCAUCCAGGAUGACCCUAGUCCUGAUUCUUGGCAUUAGGAAUAUAUCCCUGAUUAAAAGGUAAGGGGCUAAGAUGAGAUGAAAGAUGAAGAAUAGAGUGGACUUUCCAUUAUAUUUCACCGAGAUAUCCUGUUUUUCCAUUGUUACUUCUGAUGCACAAUAUAAAUGAAUCCAAUCUUU